ACCAGCUGGCUGAUGAGCGAAUGGCCCAGGCCCUUGAAAGAGCGGUGUCCCCACCUAGCAACCAGUUCCAGCCAGACAAGCACCUGGCACGUGCUUUGCAGCGCCUCCUUCAGGAUGGGCAUCGCCGGGACCAGGAGUCUGUCUACCUGGCAAAUCUGCUGAGGCUGUGGGAUGAAGCCAAGGGGGCAACCUUGUACCCUGAGUACGAUGAGACUGGCUUGGCAGGUGGCUCCUCUCCACCCAGAGCACUGCCGAAUCGUUAUUGGCCCCCCGAAGGAGGUUUUGAACCCCAAGAAGAGCUGGGCGCCGAGGAGGAAGCUGCUGGAGAGGUGGACCCCGAAAUGCUGAGGUAUCUGAUUGGCAGGAUCCUAUCAGGAGCAAGCAACAUGCCUUCGCAGCGUCUCCCACUGACUCCCAGACGCCUGCGUCGUGCCAUCUUUGAUGGAGGAGACCUACCCGAACCCCCCAAUCUUCUGCGGGUCAAGCGUCUUGGUGGGGAGAGUGGGGACGAGCUGCAGCGAGUCAAGCGGACAGAAGGAGAAGUGGUGGGUGGGAGACGGAGUAUGAGUGGGGGCACCCAGAGGCUUCGGUAUCUCUCUGAAUAAUGAGAAUUGGUUUCUGUGAAAACAAAAACUGGGGAGCAACCUCACUGAUGAGUUUCCCCCCCUUUGAAUGUCAAUGGACUGUGAGUGGCACCUCGUGUUCUUUCCUGCCUCUGUCCUACCUGUGACCCCAAAAUACUGGGAAAGAAGGGGGAUAACCUUGGACUGGGAUCCCCAAAUCCUACUUAUGUUCUAUAAAGUGUAUGCAGGGGAGGGCCGCUUUUCUCUUCACUGACCUUCUCAGUGCCCUGAUGGAAAGCUCUUUUCAGCUAAGGAGAUGGUUUUUCAUUGAUGGUUAGUUCCUACCUCCCUCCAAAGCCAGAGCUAGGUAUCGCCAGCCUCAUUCUUCUCACUUCUUGGCUUUUUUUUUUAAAAUGUGGCUUAAACAAAUUUCCACCCACCCCAAAAAACCUUCCAACUGCCUUAAUAUUUCUCCUUCACUGAUGCUGCCUCUCACCCCUCCUUCCCUGUUUCCACCUGCUUGUUUCUGUCUGGUUUGUAAGACCCCUUGUGUUCAACCCUCGUUGGCCUACAU